AUGGCCACGGUUCAGACAUUUUUCGCAAAUCUAAAGAAUCGUAUUCUUGAGGUGUACGAGAAUACGAUAGCAGGCUUUAUACGCUCGAUAUUCAGCAAGCCGUCCAGCAUUCUAUUCCUUGGCAUAGACAAUGCCGGAAAGACCACUCUCCUGCACAAGCUGAAGGAGGACGUGACGAACACGUACGAGCCGACACACCACCCCAUGAACAGCGAGAUUGAGAUCGGCAACAUGAAGGCGAACAUAAUGGACCUGGGCGGGCACACGAGUGCACGGCUUGCAUGGCAGGAGUUCUUCUACAACUGCGAUGGCAUCGUGUUCAUAGUGGAUGUGAACGACACGAAGCGGUACUGCUUGGUCCAGGAGGUGUACCAGAGCGUGAGAGAAAUACAGGUUGGGAAGAAGAAGCCGCCCAUAGCAGUGCUUAUGAAUAAGAUAGACCUGAUCAAGCACGACUCCAACAGCAUUCUGCAGAACCAAGAUGUGAUGGAUCAGAUACAGAAGGAGACGGGGAUAGAGAAUGAUGACAGCAUGGAGCAGCCGGUUCUGGUGACGUAUGUUAGUCUGCUGAACGAGAGCAUCACCGAUAUGAGCAGCCCUAUUUUGCAGUCUUUUCAGUGGUUGGACAAGAUGAUACAUAGAAGACCGGAGGAGCUGUAAUUAAAGGAAGUGUGCUGUUGGGAAAAUGUUUUUAGCUCUUGCCCGGCUCUGCUGGGCAGAAACGUAAUUUUGUGUUUGCUCGGAGGAUGCUUUGCAUGGGGAUGAUCGUUUGAACCAUGGUGUAGGGCAGGUUAAAUUUGUUUAUGGUUUGUGGG